AUGAGGCUCAUAUUGGGGCUAAUUUUAUUCGUGACUCCGAUCGUUUCACUGAAAAAUGUCUUUGUCUCGUCACCGUUCGACAAUUUUCGGAUCGAAUGCCCGAAGAAAUCUGGAGCCAAUGGUCUUGGUGUGAGAAUGGUUGAAUCGGUGGGAGCAAGACGGCAAGAUGUCGUCUUUGAAAUGUCUUGCGAGGAAAUAUCAGAGUUAUAUCCCUGGAAAAACAUUCCGCAAGGAAUCGUUGACAUGGAAAGAGAAGACUGUCAUUACUCGACAAUGUUUGAUCCGAUUAUUGACGAAGAAAGUAAAAUGUCUUGCGGAAAUCGUGAAUACCUAGCUGGAAUCAUUCGAAUCGCUGAAACAAGAGUCCAAAUCCUUUGUUGCCGCCUAAGAAGUCGAGAGGAGUUCAACUGCAAUGAACAAGUCUUCAAUAAACCCCUUGGACCAACGAGAAGCACAAUCAUUGAGAAUGAUAAUCAAUUGAUCAAUGCUAUUGCUGUGAAAGAUAUGCAGUAUCGAGUCCGUUUUUGCGAUCUAGCACCAAGGAGUAUUGAAGGAAUUUAUGAUGAUGUUCCGCAAAAGAAGACAACGACUGCAGAACCGACAACAGAAGCUUCAAUGAUCAUCCCAGCUGAUGAACGCGAAGAAGAAACGACAAAAGAAGAUCCACUGAAGCCAGUGAAGAAGAAUGAGUCGGUGAAUGAAGUGACCGAGACAACUCCAGACAGCUCGUCUCUUGCCCCCAUUACCGUAAAUCCCAGAUUCAGAUCUCACCAACCAACUCAAUCCCCAAUCGUUGAGCAAAGAGAGCCCAAGUUGACACUGAUCAAAUUGAAUCGAGAUGGAACAAUUGUUGACAGUGAUGAUGGAGUGGCGAUUGAUUUUGCCCAAGCACCGGUUGAGGAAUCGAAUUCGGUGGAAGAUCACGAGAGGGAAACUGAGCACAAAGGACCGAGUGUGCCAUUGAUCGAAUUGCCAAUGGAUCAUGAAAGUUCUUCAAAAGAGGAUUCAGGAGAGGAAGAGCAAGGAAAACAUGAAAAUGCCCGUCGACCUGUCAUUCAUGGAAUCGCUUCAGUGACCUCACAAGGAAAAGCUCCAGUUCCACCAAUGGUUUCUGAUAUUCUAAAAAAAAUCGAGUCAGCUCCAAGUGAGAAAGAGGCACACGAAAUCUUCAAGGAAAGCAUCGCGAAACUUUUGGGUGAAAAGGAAAUGAAGAUCCCGGUGACAACGAGGAAAACCACCAUCGAAGUCACAAGACCAACCCCAACUACUACAACUACUACUACCACUACUACAACUACAACAACAACAGCUACUACUACUACUACAACUACAGAAGCUACGACAACUAAGACAACUCCAACUCGACCAACCACCGAAACAACUCCUCCACUAAAGGUUUUCAAACGACCCGAGUCAUACCGUCCACCACAAACCUCAUCUGAAGCAAAUAUGGAGAUCGUUGAUCUUUCGAAGUUGACUUUUGCUGACCAUGAAUUCCCGCAACCGACAAGUCGCGAAUUCGAGAUUGAGCAGAGGAAACACGUUCAAACUGGACAUGCAUCUCUUCCGAAAGAAAUCGACGACACUGGAUCCGAUUUUAUCAUUUUGAAAUCAUUGAAGAAAGGGCCGAUCCGUCGGGCUCCCAUUCGACCAUUCAGAAAACACGUUAAUUCAUCUGAAGAAGCGCAGUCAGAUAAAGAAGAAAAUCUAAACUUAUCCGUUGAGAGAGAAAAAUCGGAACACAAUAGUGAUAAAGCGAAGAAGAAAAGACUUUUAGAGAAAUUGAUGGAAGUGUUGGAUGUAGAAGAAAGCCAUGAGAGUGUCUUUACUCCCGAUAAAUCGACGGAGAAAAAGAUCGUGAAACAUAAAAAGAUCAUCAAAAAGAUCAUCAGACGACGAAAACCAACCACAACAACAUUGCAGCCAAAGGAGCCCGAAUAUUUGGAUCCCGAAUUCACCACAACAACUUCAUCAAGAAGUGACAUCGAAAAAAGUUAUCAAGAGCUGAAAUUAAGAGAAAACUCAGUGGUCUUCCAUACGGAUGACAAUGCUAAACAUAUUGAUGAAGAAACUGAAUAUUCACCAUUUGAAGAUAAAGGAGACGUACAGGAGAAAAAGACUCGAGAAUUCUUCCGACCAAUGAACGCUGAGGCUCCAUUGAAAGCACUCGAUCUCGGCUUCCAGAAAGAUAUCGAUGUUGAAGAAGCGGUGAGAAGACUCUCGACAAACGGAAAAUAUGAUGAGAUUCGAAAAGCUGAACCACGGGAGUUUCGAGAAAAGGAAAAUUCCAUGGAAAUGGAGAAACAACCGCUAGAGAAAGUUGAAAGUGAUGUCGUGGCUGAAAGAAAUGAAGAACCAAAGCGAAAAGCACCAAUGACCACACCAAAGACAGUAAUCGAGUCAACGACAAGUACUCCAACACCACCAACAACCACAAUAAUCCCGGAAACGACGACACUGACGACGGAAGAUGCAGAAAAUCUUGAAUACCCAGAUCUUCCAGAAGAGUUAACUCCAGUACAAACCACCAAGCGUUACAAAUUCUACAAAAAGAAACACCCAACAGAGUUCUAUCCAACGGUCACCACACAAGAGGUUCAAACGACGACUGAAGAAGCUACUUCUUUUCCCACCUCAACAACAACUGACACCGAUUGGCUAUUCUGGACAGAAUCAAUGACUCAAGAAGAGGUCACUGAAGAACCAAUGACCACAUCGAGUUAUGACUUUGGAAAGUUCUUCCACACUCGUCGGCCUCAAUUGCAACGACAAAGGGAAAAAUACUUGACGUUUUGUACAAAAGACACGGCUCUCCGAGAUCGAACGAAUAUGGUGAUCGCGUGUGGGGAUCAAGAUGGAGAAUGGUCGCCAACGAGAUGCCCCGAAACAGCCGGCUGUUUCCAAUCUGAAGACGCCACCUACAAAAUUUGUUGCAAUAUUUCAAACGGA